AUGGCUAAGGUGGUACCAAAAGUACUAGAACGGAAGGUGCUUUCAGUAUAUUUUCAGGCUGAUUCCAGAUGUAGGGAGACCCUACUGGAGCUUAGAGCUUGUGCCAGCUGGAGCGGUGACCCAAUGAAAGGGAUACCUGAAAGUGGCAAAAAACCGCAAGCCGACUUUAUCCUGGGAAUGAAAAGCCACUCACAUUAUAAAACUUGCAAUCUGAGAGGUCAGACAGAUGAAAACGGACUAGUACCAUCCAUCCACUUCGUUUUGAUUGGGGAAUUGCAUAAAAAUAUACCCAAAUUAUUUGCAUGGUUUGGAUCCACCUGGAUCAAUCCAAUGUCGAAACGUGCGUCACAGUGGAACCUGCAUCUGCAGCUGGCGCCUUCUCUGGAGCACCAGACAGCCGCCAUGCUGAGCAUUCUGGAGCGCUACAAGUGGCACCAGUUCUCGGUGGUCACCAGUCAGAUCGCCGGCCACGACGACUUCAUCCAGGCCGUGCGUGAACGAGCACUGCAGAUGCAGAGUCGCUUCAAAUCGUAA